GCUCACUGAUCCGCGCCCUCUUCUCAGUUUUGGGGGCCGUUUGAUGCCUGCUUCCCCCCUUGCGGCUCCCCAAUGUGAUAUAUAUCAACUGACCCAGUACUUGUUCUUCCCGGUUCGACCUGACGAGAGGAUAUCGGUUAUGGCCAUUCUUCUCUUGCAAUACCUCUCUCAUCAUCAAACGUCCCUGUUGUCAAGAUGGUUGGAGUCCGCGGUAAGUACAAGGGGUGCGAGACAUGCAGGGCUCGAAGAGUCAAGUGCGAUAACGAACGCCCACACUGCCGCAAGUGUAUCGACAGCGGCCGCGAGUGUGCUGGGUACGAACGAGAGAUGGUCUUCAUCACCGCAACCAUAGACGACGCUGGCCGCUGCUCGUCACAUCCGCCGCGCCAAGUGCAGCCGUCUUCUUCGAGGAGGUCCGGAAGAAGCCAAACUGUGGAAGACGAAGUUCCUCGUUUGGUACCGACAGAACCGUUGAUGCCGGCGUGGGAUGAUUUGGUUUCCGUGUCCGACAACGGUGUCGUGUACUCGAUACAGAUCGCGGCGUUGCACACCAGGUUCCAGAACAUUCUCAGGGGACCCGAAGGGCAAAGCCAAGUAAAGUUCCGGAUGGCCCUGCCGCCAUACUCGCCAGUUGACAUGGAGACAUGGGAUAACGGAGGCAACAUGGAUCUGAAUGCGCAGAACAUGGUCAGUCUGCUGCCAUCGGGGAACGACAACGGGGUCCCGGGAGGUCUUUGCGUGUUCUUGUUUGAGCAAAAUCCAUCCUUCUUGGUUACCAACGGCAUAACUCCUUGGAGUGUCCCACAGGAGCAUAUGGACGUCGUCAAGAAGCUCGGCCCGGAACAGUUUCGCCAGUUUCCAGCUCAUCACUAUUUCGUCCGGGUAUAUAGGUGUAAUGCUAUCAUACUCGCUCUCUUACACCGAAAGACGACAUACCUUUCUUCGUUCGAGUGGUGCACCACUCCGUGGGAACAGCACCCCAAGACGUUUCUCGACAGGCUCUUUGACAUCAUCGCCGGGUUGCCUGGCAUUUUGUCUCGCGUCGACCGAACGAUACCCUUUGCUGCAACCUUGCAGCGUCGGCUAAAGGCCCAGGAACUGCUGGAGAGCUGCUUGGAAAUCGAACGGAGGCUGGAGGAGUGGGAGUCGUACGCCCGCGCACCUACUGCCGAGCACCCUUAUGCGUACUGGAUAGAAGAGCCGGACGACCCAGAUGCGCAGCAGCUACCCUUUGCAGACAACUUUGCCUUCAAGGACGGCGUGUCAUCCGUCAUGUUCCUGUAUCACUGGAUGACACUGCUGCUCCUUCACCGCUGCAUUGAGUGUCUGCACCACACCAUAUUCCAGCCCGUCAUCGAGGACUUUCCCAACAUGUACCCUGAUCUGCCUCCCAGUCUACAGAUCAACCUGGCCAGAUACCAACAGCGGCGGGAGUAUGCGUCAAGAAUCUGCAGGGCGCUUGACUUUGCGCUAUCGACGACAGUUCAGCCGGACACGUUGGUUGCACCACUAGCCGUGGCCAUGGAGUUCUACCGCGAAAUCAACUCGUCUUCUAGAGACGGUGAGCUCGAGAUUAUGUGGUGCGAGAACUUUAGGUUGCGUUUGACCUCCAAAGGCCACGGUAUUGCCAACCUUUUGCAGAGCAGAUCGUGGGCCGACGUUGCCAGGUUUUGAGUGGGCUUACUAUGCGCUCCGUCCACCUGGUGAUGGACAGGGGGGUUUACUGACUUGGAAAAACGGCGAUGGGAGGUAUAGGUUGGCGCAGGCGCAUUGCAUUUCUGAGACUACCAAAGUCGAGAGCGCUGGAUGUUCGACUUUCGACCUAAGGUAGUAGACCAAAAUCCGGCCAUGUAUUGUUAAUGUUUUGAUGGGAAUGCUAAAAGGUGUGCUGGAGUGGCUGGCCUCUGAUUAAAUCUAGAGAUAUUAAGAGAACGAUGCAAUAUUUCCAGUCUGCAGUUCGUCGUUGAGUUCAAUGUCGUUGAAG